UCGUUUUCUCUCUGUACGCUGGCACUUCUUCUGACAAGGUUAUUAUUGCUGGCUCUUGCUCACCAGUGAACUGGCUGAGAAGACAUGGAAGGCAAUAGCUCCGGUGAACCGGCGGCCGACCAGCUUAUGACGACGACAAGCCGUCAUCAGUUUGGAGAUGAUCCAGACGAACCGGCCGUCGCCAUCUCGGUUAUCGAGAACAUGAAAGAAGAGUAUGGUCUAUUCGUGUGGCCCUGUAGCAUAGUCCUCGCCGAGUAUGUUUGGCAACAAAGGUUGCGUUUUUCUGGAGCUACUGUGGUUGAGCUUGGUGCUGGGACUUCCUUGCCUGGCUUGGUGGCGGCCAAAGUGGGUGCACAUGUCACUCUUACUGAUGAUGCCAAUAAACUGGAGGUUUUGGACAACAUGAGAAGAGUGUGUCACCUAAAUAAGCUUCACUGUAAUAUACUAGGACUGACGUGGGGAGUUUGGGAUGCAUCUAUAUUCACUUUAUGCCCAAGAAUAAUUCUUGGGGCUGAUGUAUUGUAUGACAAUGACGCCUUUGAUGAUCUGUUUGCCACGGUCACUUUCCUGCUUCAAAAUUCUCCUGGGUCAGUAUUUAUAACAACAUACCAUAAUCGAAGUGGGCAUCAUCAUAUUGAAUUCUUGAUGGUGAAAUGGGGAUUAAAGUGCGUGAAGCUUCUUGAUGGUUUGUCAUUCAUGCCACCGUGCAAGGUGUCUGGGCUAAGUGGCAACCUUCAACUGGCAGAGAUAUCUCUGAGUAAUGAAGUGGCUGAGCCAACCGUUUCACAUUAAUAUUUUGGCAUUUCUGGUGAUGCAGCCACUCAUACCAUAUGAAUAUCCAUGAUUAUUGUUUCUGCUACAAACUUCCUCCUCUCUAGGGAGCUGAUGAGUAAGUUUUCUGAAGUCCACAGACAUCUGCUGCUCAUAAUUGUGAAGCCAUUUGUUGUUAAACACAAAUGCCCGUUUCAGUAGUAUGUAGCUGUACUUUUGUCGUCAAUUGCAGAUAUGCAUUUUUUUUCUUUUUUUCUUUUUUAAACUUCAAGUUUGUUAUAGUUAAAUGCUUGAUGCUAAAUCUAACUUUGGCUAUUGUAUUUUUUGCUAAAGAAAGCAUAAACUAAUUUGUUUGUGGA